AUGGACACCCUCCUUACCGCCGAGUCGGCGGUGAAUUCACCACGGUACAGACGCAAGUCGAGUACAUAUGUAGAUGCCAUUCACGAUCUCCCAGAAAAGAGUGAAAUGGCACCUGCUCAAUUGUACAGCACCGAAUCAGGAAGAUUGUUUCACGCAGGUCGGAUCGCAAUUGCCACGGUAGGACUUCCUGCUCGAGGCAAAACUCAUAUCUCGGUAGCGCUCGCUCGCUAUCUGCGAUGGCUCGGGGUCAAGACGAGGAUUUUCCACCUUGGAGACUAUCGACGGGCGAUUGUAGGUCAGGGAAAGGAUGUUCCCGAUGAUUAUUUCUUCGUCAAUGCGUCGGCUUCUUCUGUGCUCCUACGGCAAAAAAUCCUCAAGAAGUGCCGGGAGGACAUCUAUCAGUUCUUGAACCAUGAGAACGGCCAAAUUGCCAUUUACGAUGCCGUCAACCCACUGUCGGCUGGCCGGAAGUCCCUGGCCAAAGAGUUUGCGAAGCACGAUAUCAAAUGUCUGUUCAUCGAGUCGAGCUGUGACGACCAGAGGAUAAUCGAAGAAAACGUCCGCAGUGUCAAGAUCUCUUCCCCCGACUACGUAGGUUGGUCGGAAGCGGAUGCAGUCAAACAUUAUUUGAACAGGAUGUCUGCGAAAAUCCCUCAUUUUGAGACGAUGGAGGAACCGGAUCUUGACUGGAUCAAGAUGAUAAACGCGGGGGAGAGACUCGUAGUCAACAACACAAGCUUUGGCUAUCUCUCGCAUCGAAUUGUGUUUUACUUGCUGAAUCUACAUAUCAAAUCUCGACACACAUACUUUGCCCGCGCCGGUACUACGCUGGAAGAGGAAUCCUUCAAAGCCGACGCCCCUCUAUCUCCCCUGGGGAAAGACUAUGCCAAAAAGAUGACAGAAACUUUACUGAAGCAUCGAGAGGAAGAGAGAAAAGCCAUCAUCGAAAAAGGGGCCCCGGACACUCCGUUGAAGCCGCUGAUUGUGUGGACAUCGACAAGACGAAGAACGGCGGAAACGGCGGCCUUCCUGGAAGGCAAAGGGUUUAAAGUAAGGCAGAGAUCUCAGAUGAGUCAGCUCAACCCAGGGGUAUGCGAGAAGAAGUCGGAGCGGAGGAUCCGUCAAGAUUAUCCUGAGGAAGUGCUCAAGCACGAUCUGGAUCCGUAUCACCAUAGAUUCCCCCGAGCAGAGUCUUAUCAUGAUGUUGCUGUUCGACUGGAACCAAUCAUUCUCGAGCUGGAGAGAGAACAAAAUGAUCUCUUGAUCAUUGCUCACGAGAGUGUUCUCCGCGUCCUCUACGGCUACCUAAUGGCAUGUAACGCUGCCGAUAUCCCUUUCCUCUCUUUCCCACGAGAUGAGAUAAUUGAGAUCAUUCCCGCAAGCUACAAUAACGAGGCGAAGCGGGUCAAAAUCCCUGGCCUUCCGCCGGAGAUCGUUCCGGCUUCACCAGAAGGCAUCAAAGCUCCCGCACCACCUAGCGGAUUCGUCACACCUGUCCCUGGUCUAGGUAGUGGACUCGCAAGUCCUCGUUCUGGCCCAGGCACUCCAGAACCGCCGGCUUCUGGGUACAAGACGCCAGAGGAUUCGGAAAAUCUGUCGGUGAGGAUGCAUGAUGUGGUGUGA